CCAGGGUUUUCGCGGUUGUAGCAUCGCAGUUGGUGACAGGAAUCCUCUUCCCCGGGUGUUGGGAUAUAAACACAGACUCGGCGGCCGGCCUGCUGCUGUCUGAAAUUAUCAACGGUCGCCAGUUGUAGCUGACGGGAUGCAGCCGGGGAAUGUGAAGGAUUCGGGCCGGCUGCUGAACGAGUUGUUGCUGCAGAGGAAGUGGCUGGGCCUCGGGCUCCUGGUGCUGGCCUGUCUCUUCCUCCAGCUGCUGCUCAACAUCUGGUUGCUAUGUGUUUCCGUCCUACUGGUGUUGCUAGGCGGCUGGCUGGGCUCACAACUAAUGCUCAGCCCCACCAAUCUGGUCCACUUGGAAAGGUUUAUCAGGUUGGAGCCCACCCUACCCCAAGCAGACACUGAAUUGCUUCUGGCCAAGGAGAUCGAAGGCACCAUCACCAAGAUAGUCAGGGAUUUUGUCACUUCUUGGUACAGGACCGUCAGCAAGGAGCCAGAGUUUGAGAAUGAGGUGCAGAGAGCCAUGCAUGCCAUGGCUUUGGAGCUGAAGAGAAGGAUGGAGCAUGUUGACAGGAAAGGGCUGGCUCAAAGGAUCCUUGUUUUGUGCAGCUGUCACCUGGAGAUUUAUAUGAAGGCCAAGAAGACAUCACGUGAGAAGAUUGGCCGCCACCGAGCAGAAGAUAAUCAGUCACUGUGGAAAAUAUAUUGCAAAGUCAAUGACGCUCAUAUUGCGCUUCAGAGUCCUGCUACAGAAGUGAAUUAUGCAAGGGGCAUUGUUGAUCUACUUCUGCACGUGUUGGUGCCCUAUCCCAAUCUAGAAACCAGGACAGGGAGGUUUGUGGUGAGAGAGCUAAUCAUGUGCAAUGUGCUUCUACCCCUUAUAAACAAAAUGGCAGACCCAGAUUGGAUAAAUGGUAUUAUCAUAGACAUUUUUACCAAAUCCAGCAGUAAGACAGUGGAGGUAAUGGAGAAGUCUUUGCAGCUAAUCAUGCCCACUUCCUUGCCCUUGAAACCCCAAAAAGAGGUAAUUGCUGAAUCAAUGCCAACUCCGAAAACUGAAGAUCUUCAUUGCUAUGAUGCUGAUAGCUUGGAAAUCAAUACGGAGGAGACAAACCUAUCAAUAAAUGGAAAUGCAAGUAAAACAAAUGAAAAGUUUGACAAAUCAGUACAAAAUACAACCAGUGGCUAUGAUCACCAAAGGCCAGACAAAUUAAACCUCUUCUAUUCAUGUGAGGAAUUUGAACCCGAAACACCACAAUCUGAUGUGAGAAAGGAUUCUACAGAAUCAUUAACACUGUUGGCAUCUGAAGAACUGGCUGUGGACAGGCUAACUCCAAUGGAACUAGCUAAUACUUUUGAUGCGCUAGAAGAUGCAAGUGGUGAUGAGCUAAAUGUAGGUGAAUCCACAGUUUUGCCAUCAUUUGACCAAAAUGCAGCUUCUGUAGGGUUGGAGCAUGUUGAUGACGUUGGAAAAGAAGAGACAUUUGGUAAAUUAGCGACAUCCACAACUAUUCUAGCUCAUGAAACAAUCCGAAUUCUUUCCAGCCCGCACCCUUUUCAGGAAAAGGAGGCUGUUCCGUCAGAUGGUUCAUCCUGUAACUCCUUAGAUGUUGUGUCCACAGAACCUGUGCAUGCAUCCUCACCUACUUCAGUGAAUAUAUCUACUUACAGUUUUGAACCUAUUUGCAGUCCAGACACACCAGUGGUGAUUCACAAUUUGAGGAUCAGUGGAACCGUCACAGCAAAAGAACACAGAGGAGGAGGAUUUCACCCUUACACACUGUACACUAUCAAGUAUGAAACUGCAUUGGACACAGAGAAUCCUGGAACACUCCAGCAGGUGGCAUAUCACACUGUUAAUCGACGCUACAGUGAAUUCUUGAAUCUGCAAACUAGACUGGAAGAAAAGGCAGAACUACGCAAGCUCCUCAAAAAUGUGAAAGGACCAAAGAAGCUCUUUCCCGACCUGCCAUUUGGAAACAUGGACAGUGAUAAAGUAGAGGCUCGAAAAAGUCUUCUGGAGACCUUUCUGAAACAACUGUGUGCCAUUCCUGAAAGUGCAUAUUCUGAGGAAAUGCAGGAGUUUCUGGCUCUAAAUACUGAUGCUAGAAUUGCUUUUGUGAAGAAAUCCUUUGUGUCCAGGAUUGACAAGAUUGUUGUCAGUGCGAUUGUGGAUACUUUGAAGACAGCAUUCCCUCGAAUAGAACCCCAGAGCCCUACUGAAGAUGUGGGAGAAUGUGAGGUAGAUGGAAAAUCUCAAGGGGAUGGAAAGAAAGCGACAAAAUCUCGUCUGAGGUUUACUUCCAGUAAAAUUGCUCCAGCACUGAAUGUUGGUGACAUUCAAGCAAAAGUCACAUACUGCUACAAUGAGAACAACUUACCAGAUGGCCUUAGCAUAGCUAACAUGGAGGAUUUCAUCUUGGAAAAAGAGAAACUGCUGAAAAGAGCACAAAUUAAUUUGAAAGCAAAAGAAUCCAAAGGAGUUGUGGCAGUUGAAAAUGAUCAUGCAAUCAAGAAACUGCAGGGCAAUGCAUCACCCUCUUCUCAUCAGGAUUUGAAUUCAGAAGGUUCUGAAACAGCUUUGGCAGAUGUAGCACUGGAUCUCCUUUGUUUACUGAUGAAAGAUCACUGGAGCUGGCUCUGCACUGAGAACAUGCAAAAAGUAAUCAGGCUGUUGUGUGGGACCUUGAUAGAAAGGUGGCUCGAGGUCCAAAUUAUUAAUCUGACAUGUACUCAACAUUGGGUUGUGUACCUCAAGCUUUUGCAGGAAGCUAUCUGGCCUGGAGGAACUUUACCUAAAUUUCCGAAGUCAGUCAGAACACAAGAACAGAAAGUACAGACCAAGGAAUUGGCCUUCCAAUGUCUAAUGAAAAUGCUGCCAGCUCUGGUUCCUGAAAUUCUUGGUGCAGAGGGUUACAAGAAAAGUUGGCAGCUAGUGCUGGAGUCUCUGCAAGAUCCUAUGAUAAACAGAUUUCUGACUGUGGAGCUUUUAAGAUGGCCACCAGAAUAUGGGCAAGAUACAUCUGGUUUACUGCAUCUGGGAUCUGUUGCUGGAGUUCCUGGUCCCAGAAGCUUCCAGUGAGGAAUUUCAAAAGUCUUUGCUUUCCUGUGCUUCUGGCAGUUCUGAGAAAGUACUGGGCUAAGUUCAAGAAAUAAUCACCAUGAAGUGACUGAAUACAAAGGAAAUGUGUCACAAAAGCAUCUCGUGGGCAUAACUACCAGAGGUCAGAUAAAGCAAAGUGCAACAACAUCUUUUUGCACGACAAUGUGCAAGAAAACAUCCCAUCUGAAUUUUGUGCGUUAUCUUCAGAUAUAUAAUAAAAUUACUGCUCAUAAUAAGAGACUAUUUAUUGGAAGUCUGUAAUGCAUGAUCAGACAUCACCUUGCACUGCUUUGAGCUUUGUUAAUCAGAUAUGAUCUGAAUCUGUGCACAGGUCAUCUCAAGUGGAAAUUAGGUGCUUUUGAACAGAUGUACAAAGCAAUUCAAAAUGAUUAGAAUGUUGAAUAUUGCAGUAAAAUGAGAUACAGCAUUUCUGCAAGGGUGAGUUUUAAAAGGCUUUGGAUUCAUUCAAUGUUUUAAAAAGUUUUUGAGAAAGCAUUCCACAACAAGCUUCUAAAUCUUCCACCUCACAAUUCAACCACAUUUAUACCUUUGCUGCUUUUGUUCUGGUUGAGCCAAGAAGGCCCGUCUCCACAACUGCACUAAUGAACAAUAUUUCUUCAUCCACUCCUAAAAUAAAGAUGCAAGCACUGAAUAGCACAAUGUGAAUUUAUUGCUUAGCGCUUCGGAGUAUCAAGACCUGGAAAUUUGUCCAAAUUAUUCCAGCUGUGACUGCAUGAGAAAUCCUCAGAUAUGCCAUGGAAAUUUUGCUUAUGCCGUUAAACAUAGAGUAUUUUCAGCAGAGUAACUGCAUGGAACAGGAAUAGGUCUGAUUUUUCUGGCCAAGUAACUGAAGAACUAAAGCUACACUCCAUCCUCAUUAUAACCUGGUGCCUGAGAACUGUGCAUUUUGGUAAUGAAUUUGCUAUAAUAUGGCCUUAAAUGUAAGAGAAGGUAUCAAAAUUAAGUUCCAAUUUAUUUUCUCUGAGAGAUAGUUGGAAUGAAAGCUUUACUUACCGAAAUCCUAAUUAAAUACUACAUAUUUUCUUCUCUAAUUUGUUGAACCACAUAAACAUUUUGCACAUUUCAUGCUUAAAUUUAGAAGCUGAAGUUUAGGUGUGUGUUUAUAUUACUUAGGAUAGAGCUUCUAAAGUAUUGAGUACUUUGUUGUUGGUCACAAUAGUAGUUUGGCUGCAGGCUUAUCAGCCUUUUUAAGUAAUUUAUAAAGAUGUGUUGCAAUUUUUCUCAUAGUAUGAAAAUUGAGAUUCUCAAUAAUAGCUGUUUGAAAUUUGUUUCACGUGUGUGUAUAUGUAGAACAGGCUGGAAAAACUGGUUGAUCUUGUCUCCACUUUUCAUUUCUUCGUGUAUCCAUCUGCUGUAGUAGCAAAAAUGAAUGUUUGUAGCUUAUUUUAUUAAUUAUUUAUUUAAAAAUGUGAAUAAACUUGAAGUUGGAAGAAAGGCACCUUAAUUAAAUAAGAAUGCUAUACAGAUUCCACAUUAGAUUUUAAAAGUUGCCUUUGUAGCCUAACAAACACUUAUGCAAAAUAGUGAAUAUCAUCCAAUCAUAAAUAAAAUAUUAAUCCACAAUCUCUUCUUUAUUAAUUAUUCCCUUUAUCAGCUAUAUUCUUGAAACUAACUCUCUUCAACAAGUUCUGCAUAAAGUCUGAAGGAACUUGUGUCAAUAACAGCCAGUUUCAAAUCUGCAGAAAUGUGAUCUCUAAGUUCUGGAAAAUUCAAAGAAUUUCUCGGCUCUUCCACAUUAAAAGAAAAAGCCUUUUCUUCUUCCAUACACAUUAUAACCCAGGGACACAAAACUGAGACUCUCUCACACUCAAAAAUCCAUGCUAUUAAGAACAGCAAAUAACAACUGACUCCGUUUUCUAAUAUUCUCUCAUCCGAUGCUUUUCCUGUCCUAAAUUCCGUCGUCUUCGGUCCAUUCUUCUCCUGCCCACGCAUUAGCCUCCGGAGUUGGAACAUUGUUCUUAAAAUGCUGCUUUCUGGUCUAAACUGAUCCCUCAAGGAGCAAUUUUUCUAGUCCUAAAAGCCCAGAGGUUGGAAGUGGUUGUUUCACUUUGUGGAUGUAGUGCACAAAGCUAAUUUCAAUGACAGCAAGUUUUAUUUCUGUGAUCAACAUGGCAUUUUAUGCUUAGUAUGGGGGGUAAAAAGUCCACAUACAAUCGAUGAGCAUCAUUUUGACCAAGUAAUAUGUUUAAUUGCUGGCUGUUUCAUUCUUCCAGCAGUUUAUUCUGAGCAAUGAAUAUUAAAUUCCAAGGCAGAGCUGAGGCUUGAAACAUUAAAGCCCACUGUGAAAGAUUUCAAAAUGUUGCGUGUUUUUUGCUCAGAGAAUAAGUUGAACAGAAUUGUCUUCAUGUUUAAGGAGGAGGAAAUUCUUUUCAAUAUCAUGUUUGAUAUAACACAAUGAUCUAUAUCUAUAUUGCUGUCUUGCAUUGCAGUUGGUGAGAAGCAAAAAUCCUUUACACUGCAUCUGAUUGACACUUUUCCAGUUGAGCAUAAGAGAAUGCCACACUGGCAGAUAUACACUGUUCUUGUAAACAUUGAUGUUUCAUCAAAUUGACACAUCAGUUCGACGCAUCUGUUAUCUGCCAGAAUAAUAUUGGGUAACCAUGGAUCUGUUGUGUGUUUGUAUAAAUAGUGUAUGUUUGACUGUAACUAUUAUUUGUUGUCCCAAACGUUUUAAGUGUUCACUGAGAGAUCCCAGUUGUAAAACUCAAUAUUGCUGCUUCUAAGAAUUGUGAAUUUGCCAAACAUAAAACAUAGUCGUUGUCUUAAUGUUAAAUUAACAGGGUCAAUUUUCACUGUUCCUGCUUGGAGAGGAACAGACAACAGCAGAUGGUUGCAUAAUUGACAACCUGCCCAUUGAAGUCAAUAGGAAGGAAAGUGAUGCAGAAUGUAAAACAGGUGGUGAGCUUAUUGCCACCCACUUCCCACUCAGUAAGAGCAGUUAAAAUUGAUCCCAAUAAUUCGGCUCAAAAUCUCUUUAGAGUACUUCCAUGAUUUAUAAUGCCUAACUGUCUAUAGAGGUAUGUAUGGAGAAUUAUACAGUAGAAUUUUGUAAAAAGAUAAUUCAUUAUGUAUAUUGUGCAUUAAAAUUCUAUAGAAU